AUGACGGGCGGGAUGCUGGUCGACGGGAGUCUGGACUUUUUCAACCGUUGGCCGUCGAGUCUUGUCACGUCAGGCGUCAAGAUUGCCAGUUUCCGUCCUGGUCCUUCGGGGCCAAUAUUUGGAAAAACCGAACACGACGGACGGACGGACGAACUUCAGGCUUCGGUUCCCACAAGCAAUCAACGAGUGUUGCAGCUCACCGGAAGCCACUCGUCUUGCCCCGUAGACCUCCCGUCGUCAGAUCUCUGCGGCCAUUGCAUGGGUCGCUCCUGCCGCCAGGGCCGCCUGUUGACGUUUGAGUGGGCAGUACGUACUUCCAAGAAGAAGAGGAUUCGGCUAUCUGUCCAACCAAAAAGGCGUGAGAAGAGGUGUGGGAGCAACACCGGCAGGCUGACAAGGAGACCAGACUUGGGUGUCAAGGUUCUUGCGAAUAGGAAAUCAUCCUCACUUUUGAUGGUGGUAAUCGAUGGAUCGAAGUGGGUGUGGAAGGGCAACGCAUCAUGUGCCGCGGACGCACAUUCAUUCAGUGGGCGACUCCCCGCCGAGUCGCCAAAGUUUGAGGCUUCUAUUCCAGCGAAGACUCCUAUUGAACUCCAGCUCCAACUCGGGGCGAUGGCCGCUGGGCGUGUCGUUGAUGAUUUUCACAAGUGCGUCCGCAAUGCUGCGUUGAUGUCGGAUUUGAUAUCUUGGAGUGCGUGCUUGUCUGGGCUCCACAUGCGGCAGUUCCCUUAUUGUCACACCUCCUUUUUUUGUACCGUGUCUUGCUCUGGCUGUCGUCCAAUUGCUCGCCAAGGUGCACAGCAGAUGUCAUUAUCACCUCUUGGUACUGGUAGCACGAUCUCACUGCAAAAUGCGGUGGUAUUGAAUGUAGAUCACCAAGGACCGCACUUCAUUGUCCCCAUGGUCAGUGUUGGGAGCAGACUUGAUAAUGUUAUGUACCAAGCAAGAAGUGACUGA